AUGGGGGGCGGCGGGUCAGCCCUGAGGGUCUGUGCCGACCACCACGGGGGGAUCAACUGGCUGAGCCUGAGCCCCGACGGGCAGCGACUGCUGACGGGCAGCGAGGACGGCACUGCCCGGCUCUGGAGCACCGCGGACGGCCAGUGCUGCGCGCUCCUGCAAGGACAUGAGAGCUACGUCACCUUCUGUCAGCUGGAGGACGAAGCCGCCUUCACGUGCAGCGCCGACUGCACCAUCCGGAGAUGGGACGUGCUCACCGGGCAGUGUGUGCAGGUGUACCGAGGACACACGUCCAUUGUGAACAGGAUCCUGGUGGCCAACAACCAGCUCUUCAGCAGCUCCUACGACCGCACAGCUCGCGUCUGGACGGUGGACAAGGGGCAGAUGUCCCGGGAGUUCCGGGGCCACCGCAACUGCGUGCUGACGCUGGCCUACUCUGCCCCCUGGGACCUUCCGGAAGCUCCCUGUGCAGAGGAGGCGGCCACGGCGGCCGGCGGGCUCCUGGUGACCGGCAGCACAGACGGCACGGCCAAGGUGUGGCAGGUGGCCAGUGGCUGCUGCCACCAGACGCUGCGGGGCCACACGGGCGCCGUGCUGUGCCUGGUGCUGGACACGCCCGGCUACACGGCUUUCACCGGCAGCACCGACGCCACUGUCCGCUCCUGGGACAUCCGGAGCGGGGAGCAGCUGCAGGUGUUCCGGGAGCACCAGGGCUCCGUCCUCUGUCUGCAGCUCGUGGACCGCCUGGUGUACUCGGGCAGCGCCGACAGGACCGUCAAGUGCUGGCAGGCAGACACCGGCGAGCACCUGCGCACCUUCUCCGCCCACAGACGUAACGUCAGCGCCCUCAAGUACCACGCGGGCACGCUGUUCACGGGCAGCGGGGACGCCUGCGCCCGGGCCUUCGACGCCCAGACAGGAGAGCUGCAGCGGGUGUUCCGGGGCCACGCUUUCGUUAUCAACUGCAUCCAGGUGCACGGCCAGGUGCUCUACACCGCCUCGCACGACGGCGCCCUGCGCCUCUGGGACGUGCGCGGCCUCCGCGCCCCGCGCCCCCCGCCUCCCAGGCGCGCCUCCAAACGCAGCCUCUCGCGCCUCUUCAGCAACAAGGUGGGCUGUGCCGCCGCGCCCCUGCAGCCGGCCUGA